GUGUUACAUGCUGAGGAUGAGCACUUUGAUAUAGUCUUUAUUGAUGCUGAUCAAAGGAAUGCUGUUAACUACUACAGCUUUGUCAUGGAUAACCACUUGCUGAGAAUGGAUGCAGUGAUCUGUGUAGAGAAUACACUCAUGAAAGGACAAGUCUACCUGGAGAACAUAGCUGAUGAAAAUGUACUAGCUGUCAGAAAAUUAAAUGCAGUGAUUAAUUCAGAUCCUCGUGUUGAGCAGAUAAUUCUACCUGUGCAGAGUGGACUGAGCAUCAUUCGCAGGAAUCCUGUACCUCCAGAUGCAGUGAUUGAAUCCAAGAAAGAAGUGGUGAGGGAUGAUGUCUUCUGGGGUUAUAACAGGCGUCGCAUCCUUGACCGGCUGCGUUUGGAUGGCCAGGUGGCCUACGUCACAGGCGGAGGGCAGGGAAUUGGAAGAGCCUUUGCUCAUGCGUUGGGAGAAGCUGGUGCUAAAGUAGCCGUGGUGGAUCUGGCCCUUGCAAAGGCAGAAGCGGUGGCGUGUGAGCUCGGCCUCAAAGGGAUUAAAAGCAUUGCCCUGGCAGCAGACGUAAGCAAACCCGAGGAUGUGCAAAGGGUCGUGGACACGAUCGUGGCUCGCUGGGGCACCGUCCACAUCGCGUGCAACAACGCGGGGAUCAACAUGAACUCUGCAAGCGAAGACACUUCCCUGGAAGAAUGGGACAAAACUUUUAACGUGAAUUUACGAGGAUUGUUUUUGUGCUGCCAAGCUGCAGGCCGCAUUAUGCUGAAUCAAGGAUAUGGGAAGAUAAUUAACACAGCAUCUAUGGCAAGUUUAAUAGUCCCGCACCCGCAGAAGCAGUUGGCGUAUAACGCCUCAAAAGCCGGGGUCGUGAAAUUAACACAGACGUUGGGAACCGAGUGGAUUGACAGAGGAGUAAAAGUCAACUGCAUUUCCCCGGGCAUCGUUGACACGCCGCUCAUCCACUCCGAGGAGCUGCGGCCGCUGGUGCGGCGCUGGCUGCGGGACAUCCCCGCCGGGCGGCUGGCUCGGGUGACCGACCUCCAAGCUGCCCUCGUCUAUUUGGCCUCCGAAGCCUCUGACUACAUGACGGGCCAUAAUCUGGUCAUCGAGGGCGGCCAGAGCUUGUGGUGA